AUGUUUAUUCAAUCUCUUGCUCUCUUUUCUCUCUAUCUACAUGCCGUGGUAGACGCAGCUCCAACCACAGGCGGCAUUCUUUCCGACACUCUAGCACUGGUGUCCAGUUCCACCGAACUGAGCCAGCUAAAAGUCACCGGCUGCAGCUUGAAAGACAUCUCUCCUCCUCUCAACGAAACCUCGGUCAGUCUAUCCGGCCCCGAAACCAACGGCACCCUCGCCUACGUCGCCCUCGGCCGUGGCACCCAGAACUACACCUGCGCCGACAACUCCAGCUCGAGCGUGCCGACUGCCACCGGCGCCGUUGCAACCAUGUUUGACGCCUCGUGCCUCGCCGGCGAUGUCGACCUACUGGCCGACCUGACCAUGGCCAUCGCCAAACUGCCGCACGAUGCUACCGUCCUGGCCGGUCUGAGCCUCAAACAGCUGACUGCUUCUUCCGAGAGUCUUGUGCUGGCCGAGCACUUCUUUUCCGACUCGACCACUCCGAAAUUUGACUUUAGACCGUUUGAUCAUUCGCAGUGGGUGCAAACAAAGAAGCUCGAGAGCGUGGAUGCGCCGUCCACCGCAAUGCCGGGCUCCGUGAAGUGGCUGAAACUUGGCUAUAAGGAUGGAGUCGGUAUUCAUCAAGUUUACCGUACUCUCACGGCCGGUGGGAAUGCGCCGGCGACCUGUGAAGGACAACAGCCGGAUAUUGAAGUACAGUAUGCGGCAGCUUACUACUUUUACUCUUGA